GCCUGUCCUGUGCGCACUGUAAGUCGGGGAGGAUGUGAGGGGAAGAUGGCCUGAAUGUUUCCCGGCUUUGCGCCUUUGCUUCUCUGGAGUGAACAGGUCUGCUGAGAUGUCUGUUGACCAUGGACGCUCACUUUUUGACGCAUUCCUUAUGACAUAAGCGCCAGUUUGCGUCUUUGCUGCUGCAGUUUUUGCCUUAAAGAAGUCACAUCUUUGGAUCAGUCCGCCGGGAUCAUUUCUUUCUUUCCCACACCUGCGGGUAAUUUAAGAGGCAACGAGUGUAAGCUGCCUUCAUCAAGCGCGGCGGGCUCUGAGAAAAAAAAAAGUUGAUUCUUUCUGUUGGACGGCCAGAAAGUGGAGGCGACACAACAUGUCUCUGAGCAGAAGUAUUGAAUUUGAGCACUUCGAGGAGCGGGACAGACCCCAAAGGGCUCCGAGGACCAACUCGGGCUCCGGGUCCCACUCCGGGUCCAAAGGCAACGGGCUGGUCCCCAGCCCGGCGCACAGCGCGCACUGCAGCUUCUACCGCACACGCACUCUGCAGUCGCUCACCUCCGAGAAGAAAGCCCGGAAAGUGCGUUUUUACCGCAACGGGGACAAAUACUUCAAAGGUCUGGUGUAUGCCGUGUCCAGCGACCGGUUCCGGUCCCUGGACGCGCUGCUCAUGGAGCUGACGCGGUCCCUGUCGGACAACGUCAACCUUCCUCAAGGUGUCCGGACGUUGUACGCGGUGGACGGCGGCAGGAAGAUCACCAGCCUGGAUGAGUUGGUGGAGGGUGAGAGCUAUGUGUGCGCCUCCAAUGAGCCAUUUCGACGUGUGGAUUACACCAAGAACGUCAAUCCUAACUGGUCUGUAGGCAGCAGGACUGGUACUUCCCGCUCCCUCACCUCUCUGAACCAGCUAAGGAGUGAACUGCAGCGGGAAUCCAAGGAGUUCAUCAAACCCAAGCUCGUCACGGUGAUCCGCAGCGGUGUCAGACCUCGCAAAGCAGUUAGGAUACUGCUCAAUAAGAAGACGGCACACUCCUUCGAGCAGGUGCUCACCGAUAUUACCGACGCCAUCAAGUUGGACUCAGGAGCCGUGAGAAGACUUUAUACUUUGGAAGGCAAGCAGAUUACCUGCCUCCAGGAUUUCUUUGGGGAUGACGAUGUGUUCAUAGCGUGUGGUCCAGAGAAGUACCGCUAUGCGCAGGACGACUUUGUGUUGGAUCAUAGUGGUAAGGCUUCCACAGCCUUGAUGACUGAGUGCAAAGGCCUAAAAUCGUUGAGUCGCUCUGCUACGCCAAACCGGACAGCCAAGAGCCCGGGACUUUCACGGCGCAGCAAGUCCCCGGGGUCCGCAAGGCGAGCCGUUCAUUACUCCAGUCUGUCUUCGAUCAAAUCCUCAGUAAAUGGUGCCUCAGCUCACAGGUCCACUAAGUCCUCCACCCCGUCUCCCACCAGCCCAUCCCCACGAACCAUCCUCUGUUUAAAGAUCCCUCCAUCACCUCAUAGCUCCUCCCCUAAUGUGAAUGGAAACGACUCGCUUAACAAUCAUCCGGAGCAACCGGUCCAGCCGAGUCCAGAAGUUAAUGGAAACCAGCACCCAGCAGCCUCCGGCAUCUUGGAGAAAUACAGCGUUGGCAAGGUGAUAGGAGACGGUAACUUCGCUGUGGUCAAAGAGUGUGUGGAGAGGUCCACGGGGAAAGAGUUUGCUCUCAAGAUAAUCGACAAAGCCAAAUGCAGUGGAAAGGAGCACCUCAUAGAGAAUGAAGUGGCUGUGCUGCGUAAGGUGAAGCACCCGAACAUCAUCAUGCUGAUCGAGGAGCUGGACACGCCCUCCGAGCUGUGUCUGGUCAUGGAGCUCGUAAAGGGAGGGGACCUCUUCGACGCCAUCACGUCCUCGGCUAAGUACACAGAGAAAGACGCCAGCACCAUGGUCUGCAACCUGGCUGCAGCUCUGCUGUACCUGCACAGCAUGAACAUCGUCCACAGAGACAUUAAACCCGAGAACCUGCUGGUGUUUGAGCAUCCAGACGGCUCAAAGUCCCUGAAACUCGGAGACUUUGGCUUGGCCACAGUAGUGGAGGGGCCGCUGUACACCGUGUGUGGGACGCCGACGUAUGUGGCUCCAGAGAUCAUUGCUGAGUCAGGUUAUGGUCUGAAGGUGGACGUUUGGGCCGCGGGUGUGAUCACCUACAUCUUACUGUGUGGCUUCCCCCCGUUUAGAAGUGAGAAUAACCAGCAAGAGGAGCUGUUUGAGCAGAUUCUUCUCGGGCAGCUGGACUUCCCUUCACCUUACUGGGACAACAUUACCCACUCAGCUGAGGAUCUGAUCCGAAAGAUGCUGCAGGUGAACGCAGAGAGUCGAUAUACGGCGAAGGAUGUCCUCGCACACCCCUGGGUCACGGACGACGCAGUGACGGAGAACAACAUGAAGACCGAGGUCUCAGGUAAACUGAAGACGCACUUCAACACGGCACCCAAGCAAAGCAGCACCACGGCGGGGGUGUCCAUCAUCGUGAACACAGCUCUAGAUAAGGAGACCCUUCAGCUCUACGCUGGUACCUGUUCAGGACCACAGGUAGACGAUGCUUCCUCCGCCUCGCCAGCUAAACAACUCUCAUGUGACCAAGGUCCAAACUGUAGCGAUCCCGUCUUUCCAACCACGGCUGCUCCUCCUGGGGAAUCUCAGAGGGCAGAAUCGGCUGAAUCUGAUCAGCCUCUUUCUAUCCCUGAACGUUCGUUUGCCCCCUCUCCUGAAGCCCCUCCUGAAAAAGAGAGGCACCCUUCCUCGCUCUUUCUGACUCCUGGCAUACAUUUAGAUUCUUCCUCCCCGUCUGCUCUUCAUCUUUUCUCAGCCACGACUCCCUCCUCGACCGUUUCAUGUCCCUCCCCUGCCACCAACCGCGGCCCGGACCCCGGCUCUCCCACCAAACACCUUUUCUCCCCCCUCUCCUCGCCAUCCAAACCGGAGCCCACCUCGCCUUCCUCCGUCCAGCCAACCCUGUUCCCCUCUCCUCCUUCCACACCUCCUCCUGCUGCUCCUCCUCCUUCCUACCCGCUGCUAGCUGAAGAACUUCUGGAGCAAAUCUAAAAUCCAGACGCAGCACGUUUUGGGAUGAGGAGGACAAAGCGUCACGUCGUGCAUUUCUUAGCCGCUGCGAACUGAGCCAGAAACUGUGGCGGCUGCAGGAUCCCUGCUCCAAGUCAUCCAGAUGCUUCACAUGAGAGCGAGGAGUCUGAAUGUACACGGUUUAUUUAUUAACAGACUGUCCUGAGCUGGUUUGCCCGUUGAAGUAAUAUUACUGUGUCUCAAUGAGCUUUUCUAUGGACCCCUCGUUGUUUCCCUGUUGCCUGUUUGUUAUUUAGCAGAAACCAGGUUUUCUGAUCCAGACGCACAUUUAAACUUCACCUGAAACUUGCAAUCAAUAGUUCCGCCUUCCUGCUUAAUAACUCUUUUCAUUUAGUAUGUGGACAAAGUAACCCUGAGGUGCACCAGUUAAUACGAUGUAGUCAAUAAAGAAAUCUGUGCUUUAA